AUGCCUCCCUCGUCUCGGCCAGUUACCGCGUCGCCUGAAGCGCCUGUGGCGCCAAAGCGACGCGCUUCAGCUCGACUUUCCGCCGUGGGACCAGAGGUCAAACGGGUCAGGUCGAACGUCGACCUGCCCCACCGCAGGGCUAAAUCCACGACGAAGAAGAGCAAGUACUUCGAACCGGAAAGCUCUGACGAACCUGGUCUCGAGUCCGAUGCCUCGCAGGGCGCCACCUCUGGCUCCGCGUACGAAGAAGGAAAGGAAUCUUCCUCAGAGGCAGAGCCGGAGGAGCCUUCCGAGAGCGAGGAAGACACCAAACCGAAGGCCGGCCCCAAGGGUGGCUCGCGGCAAAGCGCCAGUAGCGCAAAGGGCCAAGAGCUUUGGCGCGAGGGCGUCAGGACCGGCCUGGGACCCGGAAAGGAAGUUAUCAUCGCAAAGCCCAAGGCGCGAGACGCGGGAAAUACCCCAUACAAGGAUGAGACACUGCACCCCAACACCAAGCUGUUCCUGAUCGACCUGGCGGAGAACAAUGACCGCCAAUGGAUGAAGGCGCACGAUCCGGACUACCGCGCGGCAAAGAAGGACUUUGAGACGUUCAUUGAGACUCUCACAUCCAAAAUAUCGGAGGUGGAUGCCACCGUCCCCGAACUUCCUGCAAAGGACCUGAUAUUCCGCAUCCACAGGGAUGUUCGCUUCAGCAAGAACCCACUUCCAUACAAGACCCAUUUCUCUGCAGCUUGGUCUCGCACUGGUAAGAAGGGCCCAUACGCCGCAUACUAUGUGCACUUCCAGCCUGGCUCUUGUUUUGUCGGCUGUGGUCUGUGGAACCCAGAGGCAGAGCCGCUUGCUCUGCUCCGAGAGGACAUCGACGAGCAUGCGGACCGCUGGAAGGAAGUACUCCGGGAGCCCGAGCUGCGCCGCGAGUUUCUGAAGGGAGCAUCCGAUGAUGACGACGCGGUUGUGAAUGCCUUUACGCAUCACAAUAGGGAAUCUGCUCUCAAGGUCAAGCCCAAGGGCUACGACGUGAACAAUGAGAACAUCAAGUUGCUACGUCUACGCAGUUUUACGAUGGGAAAGCCUAUGGCUGAUGAGGAUCUGGCUGGUUCGGAUGCCCAGGAGAAGAUAGCAGCCUUGGUGGCUAUCAUGGAGCCCUUCGUGACGUAUCUGAACAGUGUUGUUAUGCCCGAUCAGUAA